GGGACUCUCCGCGCCUUGCCAUUGGCUGCAGCCAGUCAGUUGUCCGGCGUAGGCACAGUUUCGGGCACAUUGUCUGAAAAUGCGCAAAUAAAGAAAAUGGAGGCGUAUGUGGAUCUAACGUCGCUGCCCAGAGCAUGAUGGACAACGGAGCCCUUGUCGCGUGGGGGAGUCACGAGGCUGUUUGAUUAAACCACCGCCAUCGUCUAACCGUCCAGAAAGGUGGGGAAGGGGGGUAUUCUAACCGUAUGCCCCUGGGAAGACGGAAGCCACCGUGGCUGAGACAGCCGCUUUUCCUCCGUGUACCGGCGAAGAAAGACGAAAUGUGACGUCUUCAAACGAUCUCCGUGAAGUGAGCGCUAAAACACGGACGAUGUAGCCUGUGAGUCACAAAGGAAUCCUGGCGGCGGAGCGCACACGAGCAACACGGAGCAGUGAUCUGGUUUCCAUUUAGUUGCAAAUCAGAUCAUCCUGGAUAAUCCUUGUAUAUCCAAGAAAAGGAUUCAGGUAAAACAAGCCCGAAUUUCCAGUACUGCAGAGAAUGGCUCAUGGGUGGGAUUCAUACUUCCAUGACAUCCCACCUCUAUCAUCGGAUCCAAGGACUUUGACAGCGACACCCGAGUCAGAACAUUUAGAGAACUUCAUUGAACAUCAUGACUUCACUGACACAGUGAAUACCAGUAUUGGAAAUACUAAUUCAGACUGUGUAUAUCAAAAAUACUUAACGGAAACGCCAUGGCAAGCUGAUGGAGAACAAAUGGAAAAAGAUUACUUGCCAAGUUGUGGAAAUAAUGAAAUCUCAGACUUUGCCACGGAUGAAUUAUCAACAUCAGAAACAUUUUCUUCAUCUUUUGCAACAGAUUUACAAGGAAUUAAGCAAGACUGUGGAAUGCUCGGUACACCAUUUCUUGAGGACUACUCGGAUGUCAGUAGCUGCUCUGAUGCAGAUGCCAGUGAAACAAGGCCCCCUUGUAAAUUCAUGGUAAGUAAAUCCGCUCCAAAAUCUAAAACUGGUGUUAGUAAAAAACACCACUCAUCAGAAUGGCUUUUCAGCAAUCCCGGAAAUAUGUUUCAGACUGAGAGGCUGUGCCCUAACUUCUCAGGGACUAAUGCAAAUUUGCCAAUUCCAUCAAACGUGAAAGCAGAAGAAAACAUAGUUGAAUGUUCACAAGACAAAGUGGAAGGUCCAGAAAAAACUUUCAAAUCUUACACAGGACUCGAUAACUCCUCUUCUUCUUCUAACAUGGUAACAACUAUGGGGAUUGAGACUAUAGAGGAUGGGAAGGAUGGUGAAGAUUGUCCAGAUCAGAAACAAAAGGAGGAUGUGGAGAGAGGUCUCACACAAGGAAAACAUCCAGGCAUCUUGAUAAGUGGCCAUGAAAACGUGAGUAGUGACAGAUUAGAGGAGUGCCAAGAGGGCAAUGAGGAGGAGCAGGCUCCUGCUCCAAAUAUUACGACUACUUGUGACAAUGAGCUAGAUCACUCGGAUGAAAAAGUCCUAAUUGAGAAGGAUUCGGUCAACAAAGAAAAUGAGGGAUUUGGUCGUCUUAAUUCCACAGAAGGUCAAGAUAAAAUUAUGAGGCAGAACAAGCAGGACAAAAGUAAAGUCCUAAAAACGGAAAGAAAUGAUUUGUAUUCAAGUGAGAUUGAGCAGAAUGCCCCAAAUCUCAACUACAUUGAAUCGAAUUUACUGGCUGACAGUUUUCCAUGCGGUUUAGAAUCCUGCUUGCAUCCAAAUGCCUUAAACACGCUCAAAAAGGAAUGGACAAGUCCAGAAGAUACAAAUGCAGCUUCUUCUCAAGAUCAGCGACUGUUACUAGAUCAAAGUCCAGUGGCCCCAAAAAUGGAAAGAAAAGAUUCAGGUUCAUUAGAAAAUGGGAUUUUUGAUGAGCAGAAUGACCCAAAGUCCAACUCCACUGAUAGUAGUGAUGAAAAUAUACAAACGGACUGCAAGGAGAAGGAAAUGGAGUCAAAUACGCCUAAAUCUUCAGAUCAACCAUUUAGCGAGGUGUCGGAUUUUAAAGAUGGUACUCAUGAACUGCAGGAAUGCACAAGUACCUUGAAAAGCAGCUGUGAUUUUGAAUCCUUUUUGCAAUUACCUGAGCAUCAGUCUUAUGAAAGCCAAGCUCAGGACAAGGUUUGUAGGAGCUCUGGUGUGAUGAGUGAUGCCAGUGACAAGGAAGAGCAUCAUUUUGCUAGUCAUGUAGAAUUCUCCUUAGAGUUGCCUAGCUCAAGCACAGACACAUCUACAGAGGAACCAUCAGUACCUGGAAUGCUUUAUGGUGAACCUCUGUCAGGAGAAGACUCUUCCUCUGACACAGAUGAAACAAAACUUGCCACAAGUAAAGAAAUGUCUGUGGCCAGACCUGCCAGGAACAGCGUGGACCAUUCAGAAGGACAAACACCUCAACUAGCAUCUUCUAGACAAAUGAGUAAAAGUCUGCAGCCUAUUGUAAUAUUGGAGCCCCCGGAGUCAGUAAAUGGAAUGAGUAACUCCUAUCGUUGUAGAGAUUGUCAACACACAACCCACAAUGUAGAUGAUCUAAUCGAACACCACCACAAUUGUCAUUCAGGACACAAUUUUCAGUUUUGCAAGACUUGUAAUCUCUAUCUGAUGAGGAAUGAGCAAUCAGAAAAACAUUUGUGUGUUGUCACCAAAGAAAUCCCACAGCUCUCUUCUGAUUCUGGAUUAGAGACCAAAAGAAGAUUCCGUGACAAGCACAGGUGCAUUAAGUGCAAACUCAGAUUUAUGAAGAGAGUUCAGUAUGUCAGGCAUAUGAGGAUUCAUACUGGCAAAACACCUUAUAAAUGUAAUGAAUGUGGAAGAUAUUUUUCACAAGCUUGUAGCCUUCGAAGACACAAGCGUAUGCCUGGUAGAUGCAAGCGAGCGCAACUUCAUGACAAAGUCGUGACAAAUCCUGAUGCUGUUGCAAGCAAAACUAAAACACUACCACAAAAUGACUUGGUACAGAACAAACCACAUCCAAAUCUUCCCAGAUGUUACGUAAAGCUUGUUGAUAUUGCCAAGACUAAUCUGUGUAGUUUAUGUGGUAAAAGUUUUUCAACUGCAGAGAAGGCCAAAAAGCACUUCUACAACUUACACAAGGGAAAGAGUUUGGCAGUAUCAUCCAAUCAAUGUACCACAAAAAUCAUUGGUGAGAAAACUCAAAAAGUAGAGAUUCAGACUAGAGGGAAAUAUAAAUGUCCUCUUUGUCCACGGCUUUUCAAGUACUCUUACAACAGGGCUCGACAUUUGCGUGACUGUGUUAGAGAUUCAUUAAUUGGUGGCAAGGAAAAAAUUGGAAAGAAUAAAUAUCGGUGUCCAUUGUGUAAUGCUGUGUUUACUCAGCCAUCCAACCGAUAUAGACAUAUUAAGACAAUUUGCCUCAGAGAGAGUCUUAAUCGGCUUCCAAAGCAAAAUGUUGAAAAGAAAAAAAGGAAGAAAGCUGAGCAGAAAACACAGUCAAAUGAAAAGGAAGACAAACCAAAGUCAAAGGGAAAUGAACAGAAAAAAGAAGCACCUCCAGCUAGAACAGCCCUCCAGACAGUUCGACUUUACAAAUGCAAUCAUUGUCCAGCAGCCUUUUGUCAUGCUUCUGGGAAAUACAGACAUAUGAAGAAACAUGAGUUGUUUAAACUCACUGGCAAAAUGUUCAGGUACAGGAAUACGAUGUGCUCUUCUAUGUCUAAACCAGCAACCUUAAGUAGUAUAAAUUUUGAAGUGACUAAGGAUAACUUAAAAUCGGCUGAAGAAAAUAGCAGUCUUUCCCUCAGCUGCAAGUUUUGUGGAAAAUAUGUCAGCACACAACAGUCAUUGAAGAAACAUGAGGGCAAUCACAGAGGAGAAAGACCAUACCGCUGUCUGGAAUGUGGAAGGGGAUUCAAGAGACAUUCCCAUUUGAUUGCUCAUAAAACUGUUCACCAGAAGAGGAUACAGUGCACUGUCUGCAAAAAGAUUCUUCCAACUAUUGGAGAACUCAUCCAGCAUAGAAGCUCGCAUCUUAAAAAGGGAAUGCUUCAAUGCCCAGACUGUGAUCUACAAUUCCAGUUUCCUGUAUAUCUCCUAAGGCAUCUAGAAACCCAUAAAAAUAGAGAAUAUAAGACACCCCAGCAGUUCUCUGAAUCUAUGAAAGAGCAGUGUGGACCAAAGCAGUUACAGUGUUCCUUAUGCAAUGAGAUGUUUGAUGAUGUGCAAGAACUAAGAAAACAUUGUCUUACACACAUAUCUGGGCCUUCGUCAAGCCAGUGUCCGUUCUGCAAGCGUAGUUUCACUAGUCGACGAUAUUUGCUGCAACACAUGAUCAAACAUACCAGGGAAAAACACCUCUCCUGCACAAACUGUGGAAAACAGUUUUUCCAUGACGCAUACCUUAAACUUCACAGUGCGAGAUGUGUACCUGCUCAAACCAGUCAUGUCGGAAAGGAGAUCAACACUGAGUCAAAGAGACCACACAAGUGUUCCUAUUGUACCCGGACAUUUUCCAAGAAAAGUCGCCUGAAAAGUCAUCACCAAGGCCACAAAUCACAAACACUCCGUCUAUGUUCAAGAUGUGGUCAGUACUAUGGAUUUAGAAAAUUGAAUCAACAUAAGAAGAACUGUGGGGGACCAACAGAGAUCAACCCUGGCUCUCCUAAUGGCAAUAUCAGUAAGAGAACUACUCAGACAAUCCAGAGUGUCCAUAAGAAGCCUUCACAAUCCAGUGCAACCAAGAUGCUUCAGUUUAAUUGUCCUCACUGUAAACAGAGGUUCCGUUACAGAUCAUUACUCUUGAGACAUCUUGUCUCACAUACUGGUGAGCAACCCUAUGCAUGUAUGCACUGUGGCCACAGAUAUGGAAGUAAGACAAUGUGUUUGCAGCAUGAAGCUUUUUGUUAUGGAGUUCAGGAAGAGGAGCAAUCGAGUGCCAAAAGUGAUGCUGCAGCAAACUUAACUAAGCCAACUCUUAGAGAGACAUCACAGAAGCGAGCAGAAAGAGAGGAGUACAAGUGCAAAUUCUGCAACAAGACUUUCAUGAAAUCAAGAAACUUGAGACGUCACAUUUUGACCCACAACGAGGUUAAACCUUAUCGCUGUAAAGCCUGUGAUAGCUGCUUCUCCAGGUAUGACCAUCUGAAAGUGCAUCAGACUCGUUGUAAAGGGAAAAAACGGCGACUAGAAGUCUGUAUUCCCAAAAUCAGUUUAGAUGAUGUUGGCAAGGGUUGGAAAAGUAAGUUUGGCAUUGUGCCUGCCAAAAUGGCAGAGACACUAGAGUGCAAAGUCUGUUCAAGAAGCUUCCCAACUCAGUCUAAACUUUCCCGACAUCAUACUUUGUUCCAUGCUACAAAAUUAUUCAAGUGCGCAAGCUGUGGCUCGUCAUUUUCUCAUGAAAAAACUCUGAAGGCGCAUAGGAGGAUGAGAAAAUGCAGAAAAGUCUCUGAUGAAACAAAAGCUCCUCUACCACUGGGAACAAAUCCACCAACAGUAAAUGGGACAGAACUGCCUCAUGGGGUGAGAAACCAAAUUCUACAGAGGAUCAAGCCUUGUUUUAACAAAAAGUACAAAUAUGUAUGUAGUUUUUGUCCCCGUUCUUUUAAAAACAGCUGGCAAUUACCUGUGCACACCCGCCUGCACACCGGAGAGAAGCCAUACGCCUGUGAUUAUUGUGGUGAGAGAUUCAUAAGGAAGGAUUAUGUGCAGCGUCAUUACAUGAAGUGCAGUGAGAUAAAACGGCAAUCGAAGGUGCUCUGUAAUGGAUGUGGUGGAUUUUUCUCUAAAGCCAUUCUUGAAAAUCACAAAAGAAAUUGCACUUCCACACAAAGCUCAAAGGCAUCAGUUUGCCUAAGCCAACCUUCAACCUCGCAAAGCUCAACAAAAGGCUUUUCUUGUGCAUACUGUAGUUCACGGUUUUUGCUGUUUUCAUUGCUCCAAGAGCAUUUUUUAAAUGCACACAAACUGGAAACAAUGGUUCCACCCGUGUCUACGGCACCCCUACAACAUCACCUGUCAAAUAUACCAAAUAUCAAAGAAGAGCCUCUGGAUGAGACUUGUGACGAACAACUUAGGGCUGGUGCUAAUUUAACCUGUAAAUUGGAUGCAGCCCUGGAUUGUGGAUGUAUCUGCCCAGAGUGCAAUAUGUGGUUUGCAAAUAAAGCUGGACUAUCUGGUCAUCUGCGUGUACACUCAUCGGAUCACCCUCACAACUGUAAAAUAUGCAAGAAAGGUUUCUGGAAUAAAAACCUUCUCCGUAAUCACUUCAGAAAAUGUAGAUUAGGACCCAUUGCAGAGAGAAAAGCCACCCAGCAGUUGGAAGUCCCCUUGAAAGCUCAGAUUGAUUUUGCCCUGGAUGACUCUGUUCUAGUGUUCAAAGAAGGCUCUACAGCAACUGGCAGGGGGGUUUUGCAGACCAACUUUUCCUGCAAAGAGGAAUUCAUGGAAAAGUCCCCAGAAAAUUUGGAUGGAAAUGAGGUGCAAAGCAGCUCAAGUAACGAGAAGAAAGCUGUGCAGUACCAAUGUUCAGAAUGUGAGAAGAGCUUCACCGAUGGCUUAUUGCUCAUUAGUCACCUUGAAGACCAUGGAAGACAGGAACAAGAGAAAAAGUGCAAUAUAUGUUCAAAGUGUGGACGGGUGUGCACUAGUAAAGGAAAUCUGGAAAAACACAUGAGGAUGCAUGGAAUUAACCAGAAAUACUCUUGCCCUGACUGCCCCAAGAUAUUUGACACCACAAAUGACCUUGAAAUCCAUAGAACAUGCCAUGACCUAAAUAGACCUUGUAUUUGCAAACUGUGUAAGCAAAGGUUUUGGACAAAACCGUCUUUACGUAAUCAUUACAGUGAAGACCAUCUAGAUGAUGUGUUUAAGUGCCGUUUCUGUAACAAGAUCUAUUCACUCAAAAGAUCCCUGAGAAGACAUUAUAAAAAGUGCCAUCAAAUAGCGCUGAGGGAUCUUGUAAGUACUACGCAGGAAAAGAGCAGUACUGCGCGACAAUCCAGCAGUAAAAUGAGUGCAGCUGAUGAAAGUGAUGAGGAUCAGAAAAACGGCAGCGAGGACAUGGAUUCAGACUCUGCACCAUACUUUCCGUGCCAUGUGUGCGGCAAGACAUUCCCAACAUCAGAAAGCCUUGAGGAUCAUCAGCGGUGUCACCUGGGUGAGAAACCCCAUGAAUGUGAAGAAUGUGGCAGAUGUUUUUACCAGGCAUCGCAGCUGCAGCAGCAUCAGCGCAUGCACAAGUCUGAAUAUCAGUGUCAGGCAUGCGGCAGGGGAUUUGUCUCUCUCUUUGCUCUACGUAAACAUAAGCACACUCAUGGUAAGAGCCGUCCGUACCGCUGUCCCAAAUGUGACUUGUGUUUCACAGGAGCCACUCGUUUAGCAGAACACAUGACAACCCACCGCGAAGAGAGCUUCCCAUGUGAUAUAUGCAAUCGUGUGUUUCCCUCAAAGAGCAGUAGAGUUGAGCAUCGGAAAAGCCACUCCAAGUCAGGUGACCAUCCCUCACCUUCAGUGUCAAAGGCAGAGCAUGAAAUCUCUCCUUUGCCCUCUGAGAGCUCAUCAGCAUUAACCAAAGCACGUAAAUAUCGCUGUGGUGUUUGUAAUGAGCGUUUCAAAGACCCAGAGGAGCUCUCGGAGCAUGGUUGCAUUGCAUCCAGAGAGCGACCAUACUUGUGUCCAGAUUGUGAUAAAUAUUUUCUGCAUGCAUCUCACCUGAAAAUGCACAGGAACACCCAUCACCAAUCAUGGUCAGGUAGUAAAUAUCCAUGUAAUCAGUGCAGCAGUAGUUUUUCAUCCCCUGAGCACUUCCUCAGCCACCUGGAGACUCAUAUUGAUCCUUCAGCAGAAAUGACAAGUAACACUGAAGGCGAAGAUGGAGGACCCUUGCCAGGUUUCAAAUGUCCAAUUUGCAAUCAGUGUUUGGUCAGUGCCACUGAAUUGAUUGGUCAUUUCUGCACACAUCAGGAAAGAACGCCUGGAUGCAAAUUCUGCAAAAGGACAUUUUCCUCUCAACGCAAGCUUCAAGAACAUGAGGAACUUCACCUGACAUCAGCUACUGAAUUUGAAUGCACAGAGUGUGGCAAGAGCUUUUUGGGAAGCAAUGCUUUCUGCCAGCACCACUGUUCCCAUCAACAGCAUGCAACAACGGAAUCCAAACACUCAAAUCCAUCAGCCACAGUAUCUCCUCCAGCUCAUUAUCAAGCAGCAGCAGACGAGGAGGAGAUUGAUGUAACAGGAGAGGACUUGUACAAUUGCCCUCAUUGCUCAAUGCAGUUCUUCUCCAAAAGUGGUUUCUUGGAGCACCAAAAUAAACAUCACCUAGAAGAGAAGCCAUUCAAAUGUAAGCUCUGUGGAAAAAUGUUUGCACUGCGGCGGUACCUCAAAGAGCAUGAGCGAAGGCAUCGUAUCAAAGAGGCUGCUCAAAAGACUUCCCAGCUGGACGAAAAGAAGUUCCAAUGUUCCCAGUGCCAGAGCGAAUUCAGUACAUCACAAGAUCUUUCUUCUCACAUGAGACUGCACGCUGAGAAAGAAGUCGGAGGGUUCCGCUGUGAUAUGUGCUACAAGUCAUUCAGUCGGUGUUCUCUUCUUAAGCAGCACCAAGAAAGUCAUGUCGGUGAAGUUGUAUAUGAAUGCACAGAAUGUGACAAAGCAUUUGCUUUUCCUCACCUACUGGAGGAACAUCAAGAGACUCAUGCUGGUUCCUCUCAGUAAAGAUUGUUAGAUACCAUCUACUUUGAGUAACUGUAACUAAAGUAACUUGAAAUCCCUUUCAUGCCUUACAUACCUCUUGAAAUCACAAUCUACAUCCAAUUUGUAUUUUUGGCCCUUGUAACAUACUCAAAAAGCUCUUGAGUCAUGUGAGUAUGACAGAGCAUCAUCUCCUAAGUCUAUUGACACUGUAUGUGUAUACAUAUAUUAUAUUUUUGUUCUAAUGUUGGGAUUUCUAUACAAUAAAGUAGUUUCUUGACAGUGUUUGUAAAUCUAAGUCAAAGGUUGUGUAUAGCCCUUAAAUAGUCUGUGAUCAAUGAUGCAGCAUGAGGGGAUACGAUGUUUAUAAAAUGUCUUGGAUAAAGGCUGAACUUUCUGAUCAAAUAUGAUUCUUACCGAUGUUUGACAUUUAUUUUAAAACCGUCUUAAUCUUUUUUGUUGCCAAUAUGUUAAAUGGACUUCAAACUGUUUGUUUUAAUUAACUGGUAUUUUCUGUUUGCAGUUUUUACUGUUACUGUACUAUAGAUACUUUUGUACUUUUCAGUUUAUCAUCGCCCUGUGUUUAUCACAGAUUUUUGUUUUUUUGGAUUUUGAUAAAUAUGUUGUACAGACACUCAAAAGAUGAGUUGAUGGAUAUCCUUUUCUAAACCUGAGGAUGCGAAUGUUCUUACAAAGUUUGAGUUGGUGAAUUCAGUAAAGACUACAAGAAAAUCUCA